AUGAAAAGUGGAAAAUGUGUUGAAUUACUCGCUAUUGAGUCGAGCAAUGGGUCGCAACUAAUGGAGAAAUUAAAUCAGCACUCAAUUCACGCUAAUACUGAUGGCCUGACUAUAAAUCCCGUAUUCAACGAAUUCACAGACUAUCACACGUUCAAUAAAUUGGAAAAUACACGCAUUUCGGAGUUAACCACUGCCACCAAUAUAUUCAAUUAUCCCGUAACCAAAAAUCUUAUAUACUUAAGGGACAAGGUGCAGAUAUACCGUAUGACCAGGAUCAGGGUCGAGGACCUAAUCAGGGAUAUCAUCAAAUUUUGUAAAAGUCUCGUUUCAUUCACAAAUACCUGUCCAGAGAAUCAGUUAUCGCUAGUCAAGAAUGGAUGCAUGAGUUUGCUUUGCAUGCGAUUCUUGGCUUAUUAUAACGUGGAUAAAACAAUGUACUACCUCUAUUUGGAUACCGAAAACACACUGUUACUUAAAUUGAAUGAUAUGACUUUUGAUAAACCAGAAUAUUCCACAGUUCGUGAAAGGAUCCUGAGGGAAAUAUCUACAGAAUUAAACAACGAUUCAAUUGUCAUGGAUUUGCUAACGGCAAUAAGAUAUUUACUAUUGAAAUAUCGGUCAAAAUCUGAAUCACAAUUAAAACUGAAAAGACUGAUGGAGUUGUUGAUUGAAUUUAAUACGAUAUCCAAUAUGCGAAGGGCUGUCCACUCUAAACAAAUGAUGGAAAGCCUACAAUAUUGCGGACCACUCAUGAGAGAGCCGUUGGGCUGCCCUUCCGAUGGAAAGUGCAGAAUAACACCCAUUACUAGAAAAUAUUGCGCCAAAUGUCGACUCGCAAAGUGUUUGGAGGUAGGAAUGAGACAGAAAUUCAAACAGAAGUACAAUAAGAGAAAACUAUUGGUCAAUAAUAAUGCCGUGAAUAUGAAUGAAAUCAUAGAAAGUGAAGACUAUUUGACAAAUAACACAAAAUCUGAGACUUUACUACAGAAGUCAUGGAAUCGUAUAAUAAUUCCCGUAUUCAAUGAAAUGACAGACUAUAGCACUUUGAAUGAAUUAGAAAAUAAUCGUAUAUCAGAGUUAACCACUGCCACCAAUAUAUUCAACUACCCGUUAAAUCGUGUAUCCAAAGCUAGACUAGAGUAUCUUAUCAGGGAUACCAUCAAAUUUAGCAAAAGUCUUGUCUCAUUUGCAAACACCUGUCCUGAGGAUCAGUUAUCACUGAUAAAGAAUGGUUGCACUGAAAUGUUAAGCAUGAGAUUCUUGGCGUAUUAUAGCGUCGAUAAAGAAAUGUACUAUGUCAAUUUGGAUAACAAAACCACACUCCGGGUUAAAUUGGACCAGUUGAGAUUUGAUAAUCCAGAAUAUUUUACAUGUUAUAAAAGAUUCCUGGCUGAAAUAUCGACAGAAUUAAACAGCGACCCAAUAGUUAUGGAUUUGAUAUGUGGUGAUAGAGCAUCAGGCAGAAAUUUCGGAGGAAUUUCGUGCGAAUCGUGUAAAGCAUUCUUCCGGAGGACUGCCCUCAAGAAUAAAGACCCUAAAUGUCACGAAAAUAAAAAUUGCAAAAUAGAGCCAAAAGGGAGAAAGUGUCCAAAAUGUCGACUCAAAAGGUGCUAUGACUAUGGAAUGAGAAAGGAAUUUAUUAAAUGUUUGGAUAGAAGUGACAAAAAUAGUAUAAUAGUAGAAAUGAAGCCACAAAUGACUGAAUCUAUUGAUAGCAGUAAUGAGUACUCACUUCCUAUGCCCAGUGAAAGUGACUUUUUCUUAAAGGUUUUCGACAAUACUGUCACUAACGACGACCUGAACGCCGAGAUCACAGAAAUUGAAAACUAUUUGUCAAACUCUGAAAGCAGUUUACAAGACAUGGACACAAAUACAGCAAACACUGGCUAUCAGUCAUCGAUCCACGCAUUUGUAUCAAUCAUUCACAUCAAAGAAUUCAAUGAAUUGGAGACCAAUCGACUGUUGGAGUUGUUUAGCGCCGCCAAUGUAUUCUUCAGAUCUAUAUUACCGAUCAGAUCCGAGAUAACCAGCCUCCAGGAGCUCGACCACAUGGACCCCUAUUUACUCCACAAUUCCGCCGUUUCUAUCAUAGAUUUUGCUAAAAAUCUGAGUUUAUAUGAAAAUCUGUAUAAUGAGGACAAACACGCACUCGUCAAGUAUGGAUGGUCUGAUGUCAGGCUAUUGCGAUCCCUUUCCUACUUUAAUUAUGAAAGUCAAUGUUGGACUGUUAACAUGAAAAAUGAUACUUCAGCUACACUUAAAUUGAGCUUGAUACGACCACUUACAAGCGGUAAUUACACAGUGAUCGAGGCAUUCAUAAACUCUUUAAUGAGUCAAUCGGAUCGCGAUUCUGUGAUACUAGAUUUGUUAACAGCAAUCGACUUCGACGAGGAAAGCAGUAGAAAUUUUGGGGGACUUUCUUGCAACUCGUGUAAAGCAUUUUUUAGGAGGACUGCACUCACGGAUAAAGUCCAAAAAUGUCAUAGAAAUCAAAAUUGCAAAAUUGAGCCAAAGGGCAAGAAAUGCAGAAAAUGUCGACUCGACAGGUGCUAUGCCUCUGGUAUGAGAAAGGAAUUCAUACGAUGUGUAGACGAGAGUCAGAAAAAUAAAGUAAUAAUUGAAACGAAGCAACAAAUGAAUGAAUCUAUUGAUAGCUAUAAUGAGAUGUCUAUUCCUAUACCAAAUGAAAGCGACUUUUUCUCAGAGGGUUUUCACUCAAAUAUCUGUAACGAUGAUCUGAAUGCCGAGAUCAUAGAAAUUGAAAACUAUUUGUCAAACUCUGAGAACAGUUCACAAGACGUGGACACAAAUACUGGACAUACAGGCGAUGUAUCAGUGAAUCUCAUACUUAAGCCAAUAAUACAUUUCAAGGAAUUCAAUGAAUUGGAGACCAAUCGACUGUUGGAGUUGUUUAGCGCCGCCAACGUCUUCUUCACGAAAUUAUCGCCGAUUAGGUCAGAGAUAACUGACAUCCAGGAGCUGUUGUAUCACGUCAACACAAAUCUGUUGCAACAAUCAAUCACAUCCAUCAUUAGUUUCGCACAGAAUCUGAAUUCAUGCGAUAAUCUGUAUAAAGAGGACAAACAGGCACUCGUCAAUUCAGCUAUACUUAGACUAAACUGCUUGCGACAGCUCCCUACAAGUGAUUAUUAUACGGGGGUUGAGGCCUUCAUGAACUCGUUUGUGUGUCAAUGGGAUCGCGAUUCUGUUAUUUUAGAUUUGGUAUAA